AUGGCCAUUGCUGGGGUGGGGCAUUCUAUCAAGUUAGAGCCGGUGCUUAAGUUGCCUGAGUUUGGGUUGAAACUUAUGGCAGAGACCUUGCAGCUGAGGAAAGGGUUGGCUAACAUAGCUCGCCCUAUAGUAAUAUGUCGACCGCGCCACAUUAGGUAUAACUGUGAUGCUGAUUGGCCUUCGUGGGAAUUUCUAGAUCACUCUCAGGAUAUUGGCUUUUUCUUGGGAGAUCCUACGGGAAAAGAAGGAAAUAAGGUUAAGCUAGCUCAUUGCCAGAAAGCAAACAGGAGCUCUUAUUUAGAUCAGAGGACGCUCAUCCCAGGUGCUUUAGCAACUCGACUGAAAAGGAGAGGGGGCUUGGAUGGUGAGCAAAAACUAUUGAUCAAGAAGUUGGUCAAUUUUCGCAUGAAAGAAGGUAAAAGAACGAGAGUUCGUGCUAUUGUUUAUCAAACUUUUCAUCGCCCAGCUCGAACUGAACGCGAUGUAAUCAAACUUAUGGUUGACGCCGUAGAGAAUAUAAAGCCCAUAUGCGAAGUAGCAAAAGUAGGAGUAGCGGGUACUAUUUAUGAUGUCCCUGGGAUUGUAGCCAGGGAUCGUCAACAAACCUUAGCUAUUCGUUGGAUCCUUGAAGCAGCUUUCAAACGACGUAUAAGCUACAGGAUAAGCUUAGAGAAAUGUUCAUUUGCUGAGAUACUGGAUGCUUACAAAAGAGGGAAGUGCACGUAGGAAAAGGAGAAUCUUCAUGGACUGGCUUCCACCAAUCGAAGUUUCGCGCAUUUCAGAUGGUGGUAA